GGUGAAUACUCAGGGACAUCAAAUGUAUGCAACAAAUGCACUGUAACUAACUGCAAAACAUGUGACACAAAUAAUGCGAAAUGUGAUAUGUGUACUGGAAAUAAUAAACUAUCUGCAGACAAGACAAAGUGUACAACGUCUUGUGCAGCUGGAGAAUAUGAGAGUGGAAAUAACAUGUGCACUGCUUGUGCUGUUGCCAAUUGCAAUACAUGCACAUCAAGUGAACCCAACAAAUGCGCUUCAUGUAAAGGUACCAACAAACUUUCAGUUGAUAAAACAAAGUGCAGUGCGACAUGUCCAAGUGGCCAAACUGCUUCUAAUAAUAACACGUGUGUAUCAUGUUCAGUGAGUUCAUGUUCGGUCUGUGACACUGAUUCUACUAAAUGUGACAAGUGUAGUGGGACUAAUGUCGUCCAAGUAGAUCAACUCGCUUGCAUUGCAAAGUGUCCAAAUGGAGAAUAUGCAAAAGGAGCAAACAAACAGUGCACAAAAUGUUCAACAAAGAAUUGCGCGACUUGUGAUGCGAACGACAUUUGUUUGACAUGUCCGUCACCUUAUAUAUUCAAUGCAUCUACUAAGGCAUGUGAUGCACCCCAAAGUGACUGUGGAGAUGGGAAGUUUGGGAUGGCUCCAAACUGUGAAGAUUGUGGUGUUGAGAAUUGCAAGAUGUGUGUGGACAAAACAAGUUGUGAUACAUGUGUUAAUGGGUUUGAUAUUUACUUUGAGAACAAAUGCUUGCAAGAGUGUCCAAGUGGCUAUUUCAAGAGUCAAACGACAUGUGAGAAGUGUAAAGAAACUUAUGAAACACCAUGCAUUGAUGAGGAGUGUAGAAUGUGUACUGUUGAUAAUAAUAAAGAUGCUGCAGUUCAUAUGAAAAUAGCGCUGACAAUGUUCAUGUUGUUAAUCAUCAUGAUUUAA